CAUACUCCGUCCAGGAGGCGGCGCUGCUUCAAACCUCUUCUUGCAGCCUCGGGGAGUUAGAGAACCAAACAGCCCGGUGAGGCGCACUCACUGCCUGCCAGUAAAGGUUAAAACUCGAUUCAAACAACAGUCAGCUGCAUGAGAGGCAGCGUUUCAGCGUUUUCUCCUAGUUUCCCCCUUUGAAUAGAGUGGAGCCGUUCAACGGAAAAGUCUUUGCCAUCAGAUCAGCUGCAGGAGUCACUGUGAGAUGAUGCACUCAGACAGGUCUGAGUAUGGCCACAGACGGCAGCAUGGUGACAGAGGCACGAGGCAGUGGGAUGACUACAAUGGCAGAUGGGAAGAAAGACGUGAACCUCGCAGAGAUAUACCACGGGAUUCCUAUCAUAACUAUGGUGGGGAUGGACACAGUAGCUCAGAGAGGACAAGCAGAAGUAGAGAGUACAGUGACUCACCUAAGAUGCUGCACAGUAAAGACUCAUUGAACAGAGAGAGGAGUAGAAAGAGCCCAGUGAGGAGACGCAUGUCUUCACCUGAUUGGAGUGUCUCUGAAAAGAAAAGGCAAAGGUUUACAGAGGAUGACUAUGAUAAUUACAGAUACAGGCGAGAGCCUGAAGAUAAAAUGUACAGACAGUCACCAGACGGUUUUUCACGCAUACAUGUACCCAAGGAUUUUAAACAUACACUACAACAGGAAGAGGAUUUCAAACACAGGAAAACACCUCAAGAUUCCAGAAACAGGCAUCGACAUGAAGAGUUUACAUACAAGCAACAACAUGAUGAUUUAACCUACAGACGAUCGUCUGGAUAUUACAGAGAUAGAGAUGGUCAAGAAAGGAGCCGGGGCUGGUCACAAGAAAGGACACAAUCACAAGAUUGCUCUAUAAAGAGUUAUGCCAAACCUAGAGAGAGGAAUGACAGCCCCUCCACAGAUCAUAACGAUUAUCGUCAAAAUGGAACAAGAUUUCCAUUGAAUGGAUCUAGUGGACAGUCUUUUGAGCAUGAUGUCACCUACCAAAGUCCUGCUGUUCCUGAGGAGAAGAAGUCAACCAAUGGUUUCCAGCGUUUCCUCGAUGUGCUCAACAAAGGCGUGAAUGUUGAUGUUCUCACCAAGAUAGUGACUCGGGCCCCUACAGGAGUGGAGGAUCAACCAUGUUCUCCAGCUUCUUUGCUGAGUGCAGUAGAUCGUCCGCAGUCUCCCAGUUGUUCUGAGGGGCAACAGGGUGGCCAACAAUAUUCCCAGAACUGGAGUGAAAGCACGGAAUCCCACAGACUGGCUUCUCCACAGCAGCGACACAGGUCCUUCAGCCCAAAGGGGGGCUCUCUGUCUGAUGAAAAGCCUCGGCAAAGGAGUGACGGAGGACAAAGUUAUUUCAGCUCUAACAGUAGAUCCAGGUCGCCUUCGGUGGUGGAAAAGAUAACACUGACACCUGAAGAUGAGCACAAGCACAGGCAAAUGCAGGAUGUUUUGCAGGCCAUUGGUAUGGAUUUAGGAUUUGAGGAACUGGGUCAAAUGUCACAUCGGAUCCAGGAGCGCUUAUAUGGGAAGAAGGAUAGUGAUUUGGGCCGCCAUCGUAAAGGAAGUAGGGAAAGAGAAACAAGGCCAGCAUUCUCUCCAAAGCGUCAAAGUAGAUCAUCACCAUCAAGCAGAUCUAGUUUUAGCCCUUUAACUCAGGACUAUUCUCUGAAAAAAGACUCGUACAGUGCCCAGAGUGAUGUAACAGAGGUACAUCAAUUACAGAUGCAUCAAGCUGUUGAAUAUGCUCAGCAGAGCAGCAGUAGCUCUUUACAGGACAGUGAGAAAUGUGAAACUAACUCCCUGGAAAGCACUGUUGCAUUUCAAACAUUUUCUCCAAAUGCCACCCACACUGUAUCAGAACCACCUCCUACACCAGUGAUGCCGACGUACUCUCCAGUGAACUAUUCACCGCUGCUGUACCCACCUCUACCGCCAGCUCUGCCUCCUAACUUGCCCCAUGUUGGUCCCAGGUUUCUCUUGCCUCACUUGCCUCCCUUCCUCCCUUACCCCUGUGUCCCACCUUUGAACAUCCAUCCAGCAGUACUUUCUCAAACAAGGCAACUCCUCCCACAACAACUUAGUAGUCACCAGCCACAGUAUUUUAACUUACCAGAUGUAAAUCCAAUCCAGCCUCUGAGCACCACACAAAAGUCAAAAACACAGUCAAGGCCUCGCUGUUUGCAGGUUAUUGAAACAAAACAACCCGGAUGAAGACCAUAGUAUAGGAUGAAAUAAGACAUCAAAAACAAGAUGAAAACACAGAAAAUAAAACUGUAGUUGACUACAAGUUAAAUAACAAACCUCCAGGUGAUGAUGGGGUCCUAAAAUAAAAAAACAACACAUCACUGUUUGUUCAGCCAGUCUGCUGCUGUACACAUAGCACGUCAUGCUAAAUAAAAACACUGAAACAGUGCAGAAACGUUUAAUGAUUUCUCAGAAUGUUCUCUUAAUUUGCUUCAACAUACAUAAUCUUUUUGGUUGUAAUUAUCUGUGACCACAGAGGUCUCUUUGUAGGAUACAGGCCUUUAUCCAGAUAAAAUGGCACCAUAGUCCAGCAUUGAGUCCUCCACAAGGUUUUGGCUGACCUAUGACUACAAACAGCCUCCUUGUUAUAUUCAGGUUGAUACAUUUUCUUUUUGUGCAAUUGUGUUUAUUUGUAUUGUACAAUAAUAAACAAUGUCUUAAAUAAAUCUCAA